GCAAAAGAUACUCAUAAGUCAUAAGCAUUGUUGCUUCAAAAAUAGAAAACACAAUAAGCAAUUAAGCAUUAGACGUUAUUUCUUUCACUAAUGGAGGAAGAAAGCACUUCUCACGGCACGGCAGAGUCCAACGCAACUGACCGCAUAAAACUCAACGUAGGCGGGAAGCUCUUCGAAACAACUCUUACUACCAUCCGUUCCGGGGGUCCAGACUCUCUCCUCUUCGCACUCUCUAACCGUUUUUCAAACGACCCGAACCCGGUUUUCAUAGACCGCGACCCGGAAAUCUUCUCCGUCCUACUCUCUCUUCUCCGAACCAAUCACAUCCCUUCCACCUCCCGCCGCUUCUCCAAACAAGAACUCGCCGACGAAGCUCUUUUCUAUGGCAUUGACUCUCACCUCCGUUCCGCCACUUCUCCACCGCCUUUCUCCGGCAUCGAUGCAUCCAUCGUUUGCUCCAUUCGUCCUGCAUCAGAAGGUCUUCCUUCUACUUUCACCGCCGCUGAAAACGGCUCCGUUUGGAUCGCUCACGGCGGUCAACUCUCUAGCUACGACUGGAACCUUAUCCACUCCGCAACCGUUCGUACUCACCUCGAUGAGAUCAACUCGAUUUGUAGAGUCUGGCCGGAGAUCGCGGCUGUCGGAACUGAAUCCGAUGCCGGAUUACAUUUCUACAACUUUUCCGGUAGUCGCCACGUAGGUUCUGUUCAUUGGAGCGAUCCUUUAGAUCCGCGAAUCUUCAAAGCGCGAGUCAACGCGAUAACCGCAUCUGAGAAUUCGGUUUUCGCUUCUUUCGAUUGUCCUCACAGAGAGAAUUGCAUCCUCGAGGUUGAUAAGGCUAAGCUCCAAAUCGUGUCGGAGUUAGGUCGACAAUCGGGGAACCAAGCAAAGCACAUGGCUCCCGGGAAGCUUAAUUGGGUUCCGGCAACUGGUGUCCUCGUCGGAAGCGCGGUCACCGGAGGAGCCUUUGGUUACUCCGGAUAUAUCCGGUUGUGGGACCCUAGGUCUGGAGAAGUGGUUUGGGAAACGAAUGAACCGGGUGCGGCUGGUAGGAGUAGUAGGUUUGGUGAUUCAUUUUCUGCUAUAGAUGUUGAUGUUGAAAAAUUGUUACUAUUUAAGCUUUGUUCAAAGUCAGGGGAUUUAGCUAUGGCGGAUAUGCGUCGUUUGAGUAAUGAUCCUUGGAUUUAUUUGAAGGAGAAGAACCCUAGUUUAUGGACAGAUGGUGGUGAUGGGAGUACUAGCAGUGUGGUGCAUUGUUACAAGGGGCAAGUUUUUGUGGCGAGAGGUGGAGAGUUGGAGGUUUGGUCGAGAGUGCAAGAGGUGGUAGAGUGUGAGAGUGAGAGGGAAAGGGAGAGUGAUGGUGAGGGAGUUUAUAGGAGGAAUUUUGUUGAUAAGAGAGAAGACUCAGAGAAAGGUGUGAUUAAGAAGAUUGAAGGUGGUGGAGAUAGGUUGUUUAUUAGCAGAGAAGAUGUUGAAGGUAUUGAAGUGUGGGAGAGUUCCCAUUCCGCUGGAGCUAUCUCUGUUUUGUGACCUUCGGAUAGGAUUUGAUCGAUAGGGUUGGGUUACUUUGUUGUAAGAUUCUUGCUCCUCCAUGAAAACUAUAGAGUUGGUUAAUGUUCUGAUUUUUUGUGAAUAGCCAUAAUUUGAUGCAGUUUUUAUUACUUUGUCUUAUUCAUUUCAUUCUAUUUGCUGCAUUUGUUGUAAUAUUAGCUCAAAUAUCAUGAAUAAACCACAAUAGGUCUGAAGUAAAUUCCUUAUGAUGUUCAAGAUCAAUUAACCUUUUGGGUCAAGUGUAAUACAUUAUUGACACC